AUGGCACCUAGUAAGCAAUGGAUGGAACUUGUUGACAAUCGACUUGAUGAAGUCUAUUUAGCCGGUGUGCAAAAGUUUUUAGAUUAUGCCUUUCAAAGAACAGGAGAAGAACAUGAAAUACGAUGUCCAUGUGUCAAAUGUUUCAAUACAAUUCUAGGAACUCGUAAAACAGUUGAGACACAUUUGCUAGUGUAUGAUGGAGAUGGUGAUGCAGUAGAAGAAUGUGAGAGUGAGGAUGAAGUAGAAGAAUUGUUGAGAGAUCUAUAUCCUAAUCUUGACGGAGGAAGUACACACACAGAUUGUGAUGAUUUACUUGAGGAGGAACCAAAUGUUGAAGCAAAAUGUUUUUACAACCUAUUAAAGGAUUUCGAGAAGCCGCUGUACAAAAAUUCAAAAGCUUCAAAGCUUUCUUCUUUGAUCAAAUUACUUCAUAUCAAAAGUAUUGGUCGUUGGAGUAAUGCGUCAUUUACAAUGUUAUUGAAACUAUUAAAAGAUGAGUUAUUGCCUGAUGACGCUGAUUUGCCAAACUCAUAUUAUGAGGAGGAUAACUUACUCGAUUCUUGUAAAAUUUGUGGUGCAUCGAGAUGGAGAAUUAAUACACAUAGUGGGGAAAUAAAGAAUAAGAAAGUUGACCCUUGUAAUGUUCGACUUGGACUUGCUAGUGAUGGAUUUCAGCCUUUUCGAAAUUCAACAACCUCACAUAGCAUUUGGCCUGUUGUUCUUAUUCCUUAUAAUUUACCACCUUGGUUGUGUAUGAAACAAGAAAAUUUCAUUUUGUCGAUGCUUAUUCCUGGUCCAAAUGGUCCUGGAGAUGCAAUUGAUACAUAUCUCCAGCCUUUAAUAGAGGAGUUGAAGGAGUUGUGGGAUGUUGGUAUUGAGACCUAUGAUGCAUCAACUAGAAAGAAUUUUAAGUUGCAUGCUUCUUUGUUAUGGACCAUCAAUGACUUUCCAGCUUAUGGAAACUUAUCUGGAUGGAGUACAAAAGGAAAACUGGCAUGUCCAUGUUGUAAUAAGGACACAGCUUCAAUUCGAUUGACUAAUUGUAAGAAGCAGUGUUUUAUGGAAUGGAGAAAUGAGACAAAGUCAUUUGAUGGUACACAAGAGAAAAGGCCCCCACCGAAAAUGCGUUCUGGUAUUGAGAUACUCAAUCAAGUGCAAGAUCUUGAAGGACUACAGUUAUCAAAAGAUCCAAAGAAAAGGAAGAAGAUUUCACAUGAAAAUCGAAAUGAUAAGUGGAACAAGAAAAGUAUCUUUUUUCAACUUCCAUAUUGGAAGUGUCUCUUGUUGAGACACAAUUUGGAUGUUAUGCAUAUUGAAUAA